AUGUUAUCAAUUAAAAAUACUGGAGAUAAGGAUGGAAAAAAUAUGGCACCAAUUUUGAUUGUUGAUAAUGUUUCAAAUAUUAUUUUAGCUUUUUUAUUUGUAAUAUGCCUACCACAGGUAGAAUUUCAUCAUUCAUAUAUUUUUAUAAGAUUUGAUGGAAUUGUUCGGUAUAUUAUUAAUCCAACAACAAAAGUAAUUUUUUUGGGACUCAUUUUUUCUGCCUAUGUUAAUAUAUUUUCAAGUGUACCUAUGGGGUAUCUACAAAGGAGUCAAAUUAUUUGUAGAAAUUAUUCAAAAACAAAAAAUCAACUUAUUUUUGCUUAUGUCUUAACUUUUUCUUACUCUUUAAUAACUGGAUUUUUUUAUGUAUCAAAUUUUUAUCUUACAGUUCCUGAUGAAAUAAAAAUGAAUGUUGAUAUAUUUUCAACAAUAUGGUAUAUGGAAGGUAAUAAUGUCUGGGAUAGUUUACUUGUUAAUAAUAAUAUAUUAGUUUUUAAAAUAAUAAGUGGAAUAGUUUUUAUGAUUUUGGUAAUAAAUGUCUAUUCAAUUACUCCAUUACAAAUUCUUAAAAUGUUUCGUCUCUUCAAAAGGCAUAAAAAUAUUAUGACUGCUAAAAGUGUAAAAUUACAGAAUCAAUUUCAAAGAAUAAUGUAUUUUCAUAUGGUAAUAACAAUAUUUGUAUUAUUAUUACCUCUUAUAAUAAUAGUUAUUUCAUUACAUAUGAAACCAUUUCUUACUAGUGGUAUUGGACUUUGGAUAGUUUUAACAUUUUAUUCAAUUCCUUUUUGUAUGUCAUUUACAACAAUCUUUUUGACAUCAAAUUAUAGAAAAGUUAUAUGUUGUCAAAAGAAAAUGAACAAUGUUUUUUUGACAACAGAAAAAAUCAAAGUUAUUUCACAAAAGAAAUUUUAG